AAAAAACGUCUCUCGGACGGGAGCCGGCUCCUAUCGUUCACUUAAAAGAGCCGGCUUUUUGAACCGGCUCGUUCGGGACCGACACAUCAUUAUUCUGGAGAGCCAGCUGCAGCCCGCAGCUAGAGGAGGCGCAGACUGCGGGAGACGAGCUGCUGCUACUCAGCCUGUUGUUGUUCCUCUGUAGCUUCCCAAUGAAACCAUAGAUCAGGUAGUGUCUCCAUUUGAUACCAACUUUGACAGAAAGAAGACCCGAGCCUCGGGGUGUCCGUUGAGGAUGAGUUGGGCUACUCUUCAUCCCGUUCUCCUCUUCCUCUGCUCGGUACACGCUGCUAUGGCCCACGUGGAGCCGCCGGCCAACGUGACCCUGCACUGCCGCAACCUGCACAAUGUUCUGAAGUGGAGUUACGGACAACUCCCGCCAGGGAUUAAAUUCAGAAUCGACAUCGGCGCAACAGUAGAUUUGAAUGGGUCUCCUGAUGUGCUUUGGGUGAGCCCCCCAGCUGAACUACAAGCCAACGUGUCAUUUCUCUCUGAUCCCGAAACUGACUACUAUAUUGCCGUAACUGCGGUGAUUGGACAGAACGAGUCUCAUGUCGCCCCUCAUGAUGGAAUCAGUUUCAGCUAUUACAAGGACUCUCCAGCAGAUCAGAAAUGUUUUGUGGACUUUCCAACAGUUCACUUGACUGCCCAGAAGAAUAACACUGUCCUGGUCCGCUUCACGCAUCCCUGGCUGGUCUACCACCAAAGGUUCCCAAAUAGAAAACCUAGGAAGAAGAAAAGCCAUGAUGCAAAGAACAGCCCAAAGCUACCUGGAUUUUCUUAUGAUGUCGAGAUCAUCACACAGAAGGAGCGACACCACAACUCCGUUGAAAGUUGUGAGGACAGUGUGUGUGAGAACGAGCUUCAAGUGGAUCCUGCACAGGAGAAACACUGUCUGAGGAUCAAGGGAGACCUGCUGAAAAUAUUAGUUCGAGGCACACAGGAGUACUGCGUCCUGCCAUAUGAAGAAUCAUCAUCAAGCUAUCUCAUCCAAUACUGCAUCGUGGGCAUCCUGUUGGCCUUUAGUGCAGCUGCUUUUGUCAUCUACAUGGGGUACCGAAAACUGACCACACCCUCAAGCUCUUUACCAGACUCCAUGAAAAUCACGAGCAAACUGAAGCAGUUGACCUUGGGAAAUCCUCAAGAGACCUGCUUUGUGCCAGAAGUGGGGCCUGUCUCACCCACACCUCUACUGUCUACAGAAGAGAAAGAUUUCACACCUACUGUUACUCCCUCUACUGUGCCCGACCUCCGUCUGCGCCUCGGGGUGACGACCGAAGAUGAGGGUAUGUCUGUUGACGUGGAGGAAAAGAAUGAUGAAGGACCUGGGUACAUGAAAGGCAGACACCUGGAUGAAGAUGAUGAACUCCACUCCAGCGAGGUCCCCUCUGGCUAUGAGAAACGUCCGGUGUUGGUUGAGUUGGCACCAGAUGAACUGGCCGAGGGCUACCGCGGCUGAAGAUUGGAACAUUGUGGCACAUUGAAUGUUUGACAAUAGGUCAAAUGAGGCGCUGUCCUGCAAUCACUUGUCAUUGGAACGGCAAACUAUGAAAAUCUCAAUCUCAACAGUGACUUACAGUCGUGGUUACAAAUUUCAGGUGGUUCAAUUAGUGUUGUUUCCGUGUCAGACCACCUCGAUUGCCAAGUGAAAGGAGAAUCAGGAACGUCCCUCUUAGGUUAGUACACCUCGACAUCAGUCACAUUUGUAUUUAUGUUAAUAUGCCAAAGCAGCACUUUGUGAAACAUAUUCCUGCAAAGCACUUGCAACCAGUUACACCAGUCGAAUGGCCUUACACUUACCAAAAUAGAAUAGAUCAAAGUGUUUGCCAAAUCAGAUCCGUCACCAGAAUGUUAGCAGUGUAGUAACAGAUAGUAAGGUCUGUUAAGUUCUUCAUUUCUGAUAUUUGUGUUUCAACCCUUGGAACCUGUGCCUGCUCGUCUUUCUCACUCUCUGUUUAGACACAACUGACCAAUACGUGGAAUACGUACGUAAUUUAAAAACUAUUUCUAAUACAUUUAGUGGAUGGGACUGGGAGGGAAUCGGAGGAAUUAAAACUCAGGGAGGAUAGAAUGGAGAGAGGGGAGGGAAGUCUGAGGCGUUUCUGGGAUGCAUAUUUGAUCAUCUUAUCAGAAUCAGAUCAUUUACAUCUCAUCUAAUAUAUCAUAAUAUACUAUAAAUCUAAUAUACAUUAUCGGUGUGCUUUCUUGUCACGUGCGCUCGCGGCACGCAGAGAAAAUAGACCAAAUCUAUCGCUGAAGAUUGCGAGCCGGCUUUGGAGCUCCGUGGCGCAUCGCGUCCUGUGUGAACAGCUCAAUUGAUUUACGUGGGCGCUGUAAAGGACGCGGGGCAGCGCUUCUCUGAAAAUCACAGCGCUUCUGCAAGAGUAGCUGAGAGAGCACCUCAUAUUAACAUGCGAUUGAUUACAUUACAUUCAUGUGGCGGACACUGACUUAAAAUAAGGGCGUUCAGCCUCCACCGGAGCAAGAGCUUCAAAUCUUUCUCUUAAAUAAGACGUUAGGCCUGGGGUAAUUAUUACAGGUUUUCAACUUGCUGAACAACCACAACUGAUCCUUCGCUUGUUACCAGUUAGCUUUAUCAUCAUAAUAAUAAUAAUAAUAAAUACGACCUAUAUAGCGCUUUUCAGGAACUAAAAGAUGCAGCAUCCUACACACCAACUCAAACUGUGCUCUGCCUGCUGUAAUGCAUAUUGAAAUAUUAACCAAUAAUAACAUUUAUAUACUGUAUCAUAAACACCCGCCUAUCGUACGUUACCGUCUAUUUGCAUCUGUUGCAUGCACGCAGGCAUUACAAUGUUUAUCAGCUACUGUGCUGAGUGGUCACAAAUAAUACUGUUUUCACUGUGGAGUAGUACGUCUGUGAGUGCUGCCAAUUUCCUCUCACUUAUUUGCACUUGUGUGUGUGUUUGUUUGUCAUUAGGCUUGAAGCACCUUGAAGUCGCAGUAAAACGGAAGUUUAACUUCUAUAAUGUGACAUUUUUCCUCAGUGAAAUUGAAUAUUUGAGCGAGCAUAGUUGUCCUCUCAGAUUUGAUCGGAUCACUUAAAAAGUGCGCGUGGCUUAGGGAAUACAGAGCGAUACAGAUCUGUAGAGGAUCGUUUGCCUCCUCCUACACCUCCCUUACCAGCUGGUAGAUCAGGAGGAGGAGGACAAGGGAGAAAUGAUUAAUUCACUGAAAGCCAAACACGCAGGCUGCCGUAUGAUAUCGCUUUGCCAGCUGCUAUGACCCACGAGCUAACUGUGAAUCCCCACUGGAAGUGGAAUUUUAUUCCCCCCGCCCGGCGUAGUAAGUGAAGGGGUAUCUGCCCGUUAGUGAAACCGGCGAGCUCACCGACAGGAGCCUUGAUCAAUCAAUAGAGAUACGGUUAAUAAGUUCAUAUACAGCGGGAUAUUUGUGUGAUUUAACCAGCGGUCUAUGCUGAUUACGCUUCACUAAAGGCGACAAAAAUAGAUUUGAAGCGUAAAGAAACACGGGGCGCAGAGUCAGUGGGGAUUGAUAUAUUUAAUAAAAUGGAAGCGUAUCUGUACCGUGAGACAUGCGAGUGACGGACCUCACAAAUGUUUCUUAAAAAAAAAAAAAAAAGCUUUCAGUGGGGAAUGGCCGUUACAGUCAAGUGCGGUUUUAAAGGAUGAGUGGGGUACAUACAGUAUGUUUGGAUGAAUGUAUGUAGACACCCCCCGAGUUCAAGAUGAGUCGUCAAAAAACACACAAAAAAUAUUAUUUUAUGAGUUUUAUUUGGCAAAUAAGAGAUAAUUGAACAAUUAAUAUUUUUUUUGUUUCACUCUGCCUUUAAAUGCAUUUUAUGCAAUUAAUUAUUUAAUUUUUCUCAUGAAAUGAGUGGCGAUCUUGCACCAGAGGAUAAAGUAAAGUGAUGUUGUUACAUUACACAGCCUGUCAGACUUUGUAUUGCGCCUUACCUCUGUGCUCUAAAGUCAGUUUUUGAGUUGUUGAUUGUUGUUUUGUAUUCAACUUUUUUUGUGUUGAAUAACUUAUAACAUACAGAUGUUACGCUGAUGUGAGAUAUCUCAGAACUGCCAAUGUAGAUCUGUUUAUACUCCGUGCUAAAUGUAUAUGAAUAGAGUCUGGCUGAAGAGAGAAAAAAAUGCAUUUUAAGUGACCUUUGAAAAAAUGGAAAUGGUGCUUUUAUUUUUUUUUAAAUGUUCAGUCCGCAAACUUCAAAUAGGAAAGGACUGAUCUAAUUUCCAGCCGGAGUGAUUGUCUGGGUGUGGUGAUGAUGUUUGAAUGUGUAGUUUCGUUGAGUUAAUGUCUGGAUUUGGAAAAACAGCCAGCCCCAGUAAACCCAAGCACUUGAUUCUCUAAUUUAGCUAGCUAGCUCCGAGUAUGUAUCUUGUCUAUCUCUGUGCCUCCGUCUACUUAAUGUUUAUUUCUAUGUCUAAAAACUACUGUUUUAUGUGUCGUUUUUUUUUUAGCAUAACAUCAUUUCAAUAAAAAUUAAGAUAAAGGUA